UGUUUUUUUUUUUCAGCGGGAAAGUUACACUGUCACAGGAUUUUUUUGAUGUUUACUCAUUUGAUUGCAAUGUGACAUUGGAUCGUGGCUGUGUGUGUGUGAUAGUGUUUGAGUGUUAUUUCUGCAGUUGUGCACAAUUAUUUUCAUCAAACGGCCGUAAACGUAAUUAAAUCGAGUCAAACACAGAGUUACAACCCGCACCGAUAAAUGGCCAUCAAACUGCUCUUUCUGGCGGGCUCCGCCCUGCUGUGGCUACACUGGCUGCCCGCAACCGAUGUGGCCAAUUCGUACUCCACGGUCACGUGCCACCGGUUCCGCAACGCUUCCCGGGCCACCGUGUACGACUUUGUGACCUACAGUGACCUGGUCGACAAGUGGAUGAGUGCAGUAUCGUUUGUCGCUACCGACCAGAAGCCGUUAGGAGUUGGAAAGACCUACAAAGUUGUUGUGGAUUCCGCCACCGUGGUCCACUUCACCGUCACCGACCACAUACCGGGCGUCCACAUCGGGCUGGAAUCGACUAUAAAUCUGCUGCGGCCGCGGUUGGAAUUAUGGUUUUUUGCCAAUCCGGCGGUGGCCAAUGCCACAACCACCGCCAAUGGCACCGGUGCGGACUCUGGGUCGUCAGGGCAACGACGCCGACACUACCUGGCGGAGCAGGAAGGGGAAACCACAAAUGUCAUUAGUGGUGAUGCGGAACGCCAUCAUCAUCAGCCACGGCGUCUGGCGGCCUCAGCAGCCGUGGAUGGCGACCAUCAUCGCAGCAGUCUGGGCUUGAAGUUUUAUUUCAAGCAUAACUCAUUUUUAUUUCAGCACACUCUUGGACCUCUGCUACGACACGUGUUCGGACGUCAUUUCCGGCGAUCCCUGCGGCAUUUGGACGCCAUCUUGACCGAAAUGGAAGCGCAUCGUGUUAUGUAUUCUUGAUCGAUGGACCUUUAUUUAGUUGUAAAAGAAAAUAAAACAAAAAUCAUAUCCAUUCCGGAUCCAUAUCGGAUGGUGGGUCUCGUGGCGCAGGGGUAGCGGCUUCGGCUGCCGAUCCCGAUGAUGCUAUGAGACGCGGGUUCGAUUCCCGCCUUAUCCACUGAGCUUCUAUCGGAUGGUGAAGUAAAACGUCGGUCCCGGUUUCUCCUGUCUCGUCAGAGGCGCUGGAGCAGAAAUCCCACGUUAGAGGAAGGCCAUGCCCCGGGGGGCGUAGUGCCAAUAGUUUCGUUUUUCCAUUC